AUGGAGCGGCUUCGCGAGGGCUUGGACAGCAUCAGCCCCGCAGUGUUUGUGCAUGUCAUGGACUCGCUGUUUGUGCGCCGGGGCAGCGCGAGCGCCAUGAUUUUCGACCCUCCAUGGCAGGACGCCGUGCUCAACUUGCUGCAUUUCGCGGCUCUCCCCAGCAACCUCUCGUCCGAAUGCCUCCGCGCCCCCAACAGCGGCGCCGCCGCCGCCGCGGCCGCCGCAAGCGCGCGCGCGGACGCGGAGGCACGCGCCGCGGGCGUGUAUGAUGAUGGCGGAGGCUCCCUCGGGCUCCCGGCUAAGUCGCGCGUGCUGCUUCUCAACCAUACGGUCAUGGCAACCUUGGACCUGGACAGCCCCGCCGCGCUGCCCGCCGUCGCAGCCGUGCUGCGCACGCCCGGCGCGCCCGAGGCGCUGCUGCGCGCCGGGCUGCUGCCGAGCGUGCGGCCGGGGCGCGGGGGCGGGGGCGGGCCGCCGUCGCCGGACUGGUCGGACCCGUUCUGGCCGUUUGUGAGGCUGGCGCAUUUCAUAUCCAGCACUGCGGAGCGCGUGGGCGACGGCUCGCUGCAGCUGGACGCCGCCGGCCACGCCGCGCUCGCCGAGUGGGCGCCGGCGCUGUCGCGCGUCGACGGUCUGCUGAUCGACGUCAUCUGCGCCCGCCUCACGCAGGGCGCGGCGCGCGCGGAGCCCGCCGCGCAGCUGGCCGCGCUGCUGCUUCGCUUCUGCGACGCCUCGCAGCCGGCGGCGCCCCUCGGGGGCACGCUGGUGGCGCGCGCGCCGGGCCUCCUCCUGGUGCUCUCGGAGCACGCGCACCAUCCGGCCGCGACGUCCGCGACCCAGGCCCUGGUCUGGCGCGCCACGGCGACCCUGCUCUCCUCCGAGUGCCGCGCCUUGGUCGUCGCCAAGUGCGCGAGGGACCUCGCAAAGCACGCGCUCGCGUUCCUCGGCCGCCCCGCCCGCUGGGGCGCCGCCGCCGGCGCCGCGGCCGCCGCAGGCCGCGAAGAUCUCACGCACGCUGCCAACUUGGCCACCGCGCUCAACGCGGCCUGCAAGGCGCUCUGGCAAGUGGCGCGCUCGGACCUGGAGGCCGUUUCCGGCGGGCGCCUGCCGGGCAGCUGCGUCGCCGCGGUGCCUGGCGCGGCGGCGGCGCUCGUGGCGGGGGCGCGCGCGUGGCUGGCGGCGGCGCGGGCGGGGGGCGACGCCCUGGAGAAGACGGGGAGAGCAAACGGGAGCGGCGCCGAUGGCUGA